AUGUAUUUCGAUCAGAUGUAUAGGGUAAAGGGCUUGCGUUGUUUUGCCCAGUUGCCCCUAACCACUCUGGAGGGAACCAAAUGGAGCAUAUCACCUUAUUCUAUGGCCAAGAAACAUCGAAACGGUGUCUCUGAUCCUGAAAAUAUUCCACUCCUAUCAUUGCAACCACAAAGAGGAAAUGCAGGCGAAACAUUGAGCUUUGCUAAAAGUGCGUUAUGGAUAUUUAAAUUGCCUCAUUGUUCAGAAUUAAGAGUCCUUGGGCCAAAACCAUAUGCAGUGACUGUAUCUCGUCAAUAUGGACAAGGUGUACAAGCUUGUCCAAACUUAAAUAGAGAUUUUCUGGUACAGCUCUGGGUUGCAGAUAAAAAAAUGAAAAGGUCCAGAGGAAGAAGACGACGAAAAAUUGUUAACUAUGCAAAUCAUGGAGAAGCAGUUUUUGGUAAUCAGCCUUCUUUCCAGGAUUCUUUGGGAAGAUGGUUUUCAGCCACGUCUGUUACGGGUAAAGAAUCUUAUGGUCAGGUGAAGCAAGUUCUGAAGCAACCACCUCCUAGUCAAGCAGUCACUGGUAUUCUGGAACCAGCAUCUAUGGAGGAGGUGAAGUUGGGCCUGCCUUUAUUUUCUUAA